UUUUUUAUAUUUGUUAUUUGCAUUUCUCACCACCACCAACAAACAGGCUACAGUGUUACUCUAUGUAGGACUGCGGUCUCUGACUAUUGUUGCACCUCUUUGAAGAUGUAAGUCCAAGCAUUGAGCAGUCAUGAUUUAUGGUGCAAUAAGGGAUUAGGAUUCCAAAGGUACUUGCUGCCCUGCGACAUACCGGUGUUUAUUGCUCUUGACCUUGGAGCCAUGCCGUUGAGUGACACUGAACUUUGUGAUAGCUUUUAUCCUCUUCCCUGUGAUUUCAUCUUAACCCAUUUUCUCCUCUAAACUUGGAGGCCACCGACCAGACUUGACUGUUCCCAUCUCGUGGUCUUAUAAUGGAGUGUAUUAUCCCACAGAUGUCCUGGCCUGCUGCCCUCCCUCUUUGUAUAUCUUUUACGUUGUUAUGAAAAGGUGCCCAUUUUCCGCUCCUUCCUCUCUAUUUUCGACCCAACAAAGGGUUACUCCCAGGAGACUCCAAUUGUCAGGAGAUGGAGCGAUGAUGGUUAGUGAUCACAGUCAAUAGCUUUGAUUAACAAUAAGGUAGAGAAUUAGCAAUGCUAGCAUUGAGCCACCGUACCUUCCCCUCUCCAUAUGCUCAGUCCUGCCGAUACGGAUUGCCUCCCAGCAUGUACCCCAGGCAGUCCACAUGCUGAGAGGUAGCGGACAAGGUGCUACCGGAGAGGUUACAAUUAAGAAAAUUGGUCUGAAUUAAGACGUAGAUGAAAGCGACUACUGGGGGUUCCUGAGCGAGAUGUCUGGUACAGGAAACUGCUGUCCUCUCCUAUUGUUGGUUUUUCUGCCUUUAUCCUGGGAUUUACUUGUGUCUGGAAAUGUGAUGACAAAAAUAAGAACUUCUGUAAGCACUCUGACCCCAUCUGCAGCUCUGAUGUUAUUCUCUACAGACUCGGAGGACCCAGAAAGGGGGAGCAACGGCGUCACGCCACCGCCUAUGUCCGAUCAUGACGACAACUCUCUGGUGUACACAGGCUCACGUCUUCGCCAGGAAGAUUUCCCUCCUCGUAUUGUGGAACAUCCAUCAGAUCUAAUUGUCUCAAAAGGUGAACCAGCAACACUAAACUGUAAGGCAGAAGGCAGACCGGCUCCAUCAAUCGAGUGGUAUAAAGGAGGGGAAAGGGUGGACACUGAUAAAGAUGACCCACGCUCCCAUCGGAUGUUACUACCAAGUGGAUCACUAUUUUUUUUGCGCAUUGUCCAUGGACGCAAAAGCAGACCGGAUGAAGGGGUCUAUGUCUGUGUUGCGCGGAAUUACCUGGGAGAAGCAGUCAGUCACAAUGCAUCCCUUGAAGUAGCCAUUCUAAGAGACGACUUCAGACAAAACCCUUCAGAUGUGAUGGUCGCAGUUGGAGAACCUGCAGUGAUGGAGUGCCAACCUCCUCGGGGUCACCCAGAACCCACAAUAUCUUGGAAGAAAGAUGGAACACCAAUAGAUGACAAAGACGAACGAAUCACGAUACGAGGAGGAAAACUAAUGAUCACCUACACAAGAAAAAGCGAUGCAGGAAAAUAUGUGUGUGUUGGCACCAAUAUGGUGGGUGAAAGGGAAAGUGAGGUAGCUGAACUAACAGUAUUAGAAAGACCAUCCUUUGUAAGGAGGCCGAGUAACAUGGCAGUCACUGUAGACGAUAGUGUUGAGUUUAAAUGUGAGGCUCGAGGUGAUCCCGUUCCUACUGUACGGUGGAGGAAAGAUGAUGGGGAUCUGCCUAAAACUAGGUAUGAAAUCCGGGAUGACCACACUCUGAAGAUUCGGAAGGUAAUAGCUGGGGAUAUGGGAUCGUACACGUGCAUCGCGGAAAACAUGGUUGGCAAAGCAGAAGCAUCAGCUGUCCUCACUGUUCAAGAACCUCCAAAUUUUGUGGUGAAGCCUCGUGAUCAGGUAGUUGCAUUGGGACGUACGGUCACAUUUCAGUGUGAAGCAACGGGAAAUCCUCAACCAGCUAUCUUUUGGCAGAAGGAGGGCAGCCAGAACCUUCUCUUCUCCUACCAGCCUCCUCUGUCAUCCAGCCGUUUCUCAGUGUCUCAGACCGGUGACCUCACGAUCGUGAAUGUCCAGAAGUCUGACGUUGGCUAUUAUAUCUGCCAGACUCUUAAUGUGGCAGGCAGCAUUACAACAAAGGCCUAUUUAGAGGUUACUGAUGUGGUCGCCGACCGUCCCCCACCAGUCAUCCGCCAAGGUCCUCAGAAUCAAACAGUGGCUGUGGAUGGCACUUUACUCCUAAGUUGUGUAGCCACGGGGAUACCAGUUCCCACCAUCCACUGGAGGAAAGAUGGCAGCCUUGUCAACACCCAGGAAUCUCGCAUCAAGCAGCUUGAUACAGGAGCACUGCAGAUCAGAUACGCUAAGCUAAGUGACACGGGCCGGUAUACCUGCACGGCGUCCACGCCAAGCGGAGAAGCCAGCUGGAGCGCUUACAUCGAGGUUCAAGAAUUUGGCGUUCCGGUACAACCUCCACGAGCUACUGAUCCCAAUCUUAUUCCAAGUGCUCCGUCAAAGCCCGAAGUCACCGAUGUCAGCAAGAACACAGUCACUUUAUCCUGGCAGCCAAACCUGAAUUCUGGUGCCACGCCAACGUCGUACAUCAUAGAAGCCUUCAGCCAUGCUUCUGGAAGUAGUUGGCAAACAGUGGCUGAAAACGUCAGGACGGAAUCAUUCGCCGUCAAAGGCCUAAAACCCAACGCAAUCUACCUCUUCCUGGUGAGAGCAGCUAAUGCCUAUGGACUGAGCGACCCCAGUCAGAUCUCUGACCCUGUUAAGACACAAGAUGUCCCCCCUACAAGUCAAGGAGUGGAUCACAAACAGGUCCAAAGAGAACUGGGGGAUGUGGUUCUGCACCUUCAUAAUCCAACCAUCCUCUCCUCCUCUUCAAUUGAAGUUCAUUGGACGGUGGACCAACAGUCUCAGUACAUCCAAGGCUACAAGAUUCUCUACAGGCCCAGUCCCGAGAACCGCGGGGAAUCUGCUUGGUCCAUAUUUGAAGUCCGAACUCCAGCAAAAAACAGUGCAGUGAUCCCCGAGCUUAAAAAAGGGGUAAACUAUGAAAUAAAAGCCCGACCUUUCUUCAAUGAGUUCCAAGGAGCUGACAGUGAAGUACGCUUUGCCAAGACCCUGGAAGAAGCACCCAGUGCCCCGCCUCAGAGUGUUACUAUUACAAAGAAUGAUGGCAAUGGGACAGCAAUUGUAGUCAUGUGGCAACCACCCCCAGAAGAAAACCAAAAUGGUUUGGUCCAAGAAUAUAAGGUUUGGUGUCUUGGCAAUGAGAGUCGAUAUCAUAUUAACAAGACGGUUGAUGGCUCCACUCUCUCUGUAGUCAUCCCCUACCUAGUACCUGGCAUCAAGUACAGUGUGGAGGUGGCCGCUAGCACUGCAGCAGGGCCGGGGGUGAAAAGUGAGCCACAGUUCAUCCAGCUAGAUUCUUUUGGAAACCCGGUGCCUCCCGGUGACCAAGUAAGCCUUGCCCAGCAGAUAUCAGAUGUUGUAAAGCAACCGGCCUUUAUUGCAGGGAUCGGGGCUGCUUGCUGGAUCAUCCUGAUGGUCUUUAGCAUCUGGUUGUACCGUCAUCGCAAGAAACGCAGUGGACUUAACAGCACCUACGCUGGAAUCCGGAAAGUCCCGUCUUUUACCUUCACACCGACAGUGGCGUACCAGCGCAGCGGGGAAGCAGUGAGCAGCGCGGGAAGACCGGGGCUAUUAAACAUUGCAGAGCCUGCCUCUCAGCCAUGGCUGGCAGAUACCUGGCCAAACACCGGAAGCAACCACAAUGAAUGUCCCAUUAACUGCUGCACGUCUGGGAAUGGAAGCAGUGACAACAAUCUGGCCACUUACAGCCGACCUGCCGAUUGCAUAGCAAACUACAACAACCAGUUAGACAACAAACAGACUAACCUGAUGGUUCCUGAGUCGGGUGUUUACAGUGACGUAGACAUAAGCAACAAAAUCAAUGAGAUGAAAACCUUCAAUAGCCCGAAUCUAAAAGAUGGUCGAUUUGUCUCCGCGGCCGGCCAACCCACCCCUUAUGCCACCACUCAGCUUAUUCAGUCAAAUAUCAGCAACAACAUCAACUCAUCUAGUGGGGACACGGAAGAGAAACACUGGAAGCCUUCUACUCAACAUAAACCUGAUGUCGCCCCGAUGCAGUACAACAUCAUGGAGCAAAAUAAAAUCAACAAAGAUUACCGAGCCGCAGAUACUAUGCCAUCCACUAUACCUUACAACCAGUCCCAUGAUCAAAACACCGGUGGAUCGUAUAACAGUUCAGAUCGAGGAAGCAGCACAUCGGGGAGUCAAGGUCAUAAAAAGGGAACUCGAGCUCCAAAAGGAUCCAAACAGGCUGGUAUGAACUGGGCUGAUCUGUUGCCACCACCACCGGCUCAUCCGCCGCCACAUGGUGCCAGUGAGGAGUAUACCAUGUCAACAGAUGACGGGUAUGACAGAGAGCUGCCAUGUCCAAUGCCACCAACAAGAAUGUAUCUCCAGCAAGAUGAGUUAGAAGAAGAAGAUGAACGAGGUCCUACACCUCCAAUACGAGGGGCUGCUUCUUCCCCAGCUGCCGUGUCCUAUAGCCACCAGUCCACAGCCACGCUGACUCCAUCACCUCAGGAGGAGCUCCAGCCGAUGCUUCAGGAAUGUCAGGAAGAUUUAGUACUAGCUCAACAUCAGCUUGAGAGAAGACGACAUCAAAUAAGUCCCCCACCUCCGCCCAGGCCUAUAUCGCCACCUCAUACAUACGGAUACAUUUCCGGACCAAUAGUGUCUGACAUGGAUACAGACGUCCCAGAAGAAGAAGGGGACGAAAUGGAUAUGGAGACGGCAAAGAUGCAAAGUCGAAGACUUCUGUUACGUGGCUUAGGGCCGACCCCCGCCUCUAGUGUCGGAGACUUGGAGAGUUCGGUCACAGGCUCGAUGAUCAACGGAUGGGGUUCUGCCUCCGAGGAGGACAAUGUCUCCAGUGGGAGAUCGAGUGUCAGCUCUUCCGACGGCUCGUUUUUUACCGAUGCCGAUUUUGCACAGGCUGUCGCGGCCGCCGCAGAAUACGCAGGACUGAAAGUAGCAAGACACCAAAUGCACGAAGCAGCAGGUGGACGGAGACAUUUCCACUGUCCCAGACCUACAAGCCCGGUGUCAACGGAUAGUAACAUGAGCACUGCCGUGAUGCAGAAAAGCCGCCCAGCCAAAAAACAGAAACACCAGCAAGGACAUCUACGGAAAGAUGUCUACACAGAUGAUUUACCACCUCCGCCGUUGCCACCUCCCGCAAUCAAAUCCCCAACUGGACCAUCCAAAGCACAACUAGACAUGCGUUCUGGCAUGCCACAGAAGUAUACAACUGCAGAUCAAAGAUUAGACAGACUGGCAGAGAGGAAAGGGGUCAGUUACAGAGGGAGAGAUGGAGCAGACAGCAGACACCAUGCAGAAGUCCGGACAAAUUCGGGAGAGAGGAGAGAAUCGGUAGAUCAAUUAGAUGGGAAGAUGAAAAGAGGAAAAGCAGCAAAAAGAGAUGGCACGCCAACAAAAACUCCUCAAGAGGACAUCUUACCCUACUGUAAGCCAACAUUCCCUACAUCAAAUACCCCUCGAGAUCCCAGCUCCUCUAGUUCCAUGUCUUCAAGAGGAUCAGGUGGAAGACGAAGAACAGAUCAAGCUACAGGUCGUAGGAAUGCAGCAGAGAUGCAGCUGUUAGGGACGUAUGAAAGAACCUAUGAUGAAGAUGAAAUUGAGGAAACAGAAAGUUGAAUGCAAAAGAUGGAGAUGACGGAAAUACUAUCAGAUAGUAAAUCCUUUAAGAUGCCUCAAGACGAAUGAUGAUAUGCCAGAGAUCCUGUUCAGUGCAAUCAGAUUAUACAUGCCCUUUCAUUUUAUACCCAUGAUGGCAGCUGAACAGCUUAUGCUUCAUUUGUUUACACUCUCUUUGUAUAAGACCACCUGGACAUUUACCUCUACCCCAAAAAAGCAGCACUUACCCCUGGUACCUCCUUACCGCUAAGCCAAAAAAUGGCAAGUUAUCGCUUCUCGGGGUAUUGGUGCCAAGAACGCUGCUUUCAAAGUACAGACAGCAGAAGGUGUCAAGACUGGAAUCUAAAGCUUGUUGCCUAUCAAGCCGCUCAUGUCUUUUGCCUAUCAAGCCCUAUGAUGAAGUGGCGCAGAGUGUUGCUUCUGAACCGCCAAAGCACCAAUCUCCAUCCAUAGUUUAAAACAACCACUUGAAGAUGAUGAACACCCAUGCAUAAGUGUCUACCAUUAUCACAAUUGAGCAUUGGGGUGCAUCAAGUGAAAAAGCAUUGAACCAAGGAUAAUUUCAUUGUAGGCCUGAAUUUACUGUUCAGCAGUAUUGACCUUCAUAUACUUAGGUAUAAAAGUAAAAGAAACAAUAUGGAGGUGAUUUCGUUGUAAAUAUGUACUUUUUUUUUCAUAUGUUCCUGUGGUACUUGUCUCCCCCAUGUCCAUCAUUAAAAAUAUCUUUGGUAUUACAUCCUAUUGAGUACGUGGAAGUCAAGCAAGCUGAGUACCUGGUAAUCUUGGGAUACGUGAAAACGAAAUCUUACAGAAAAUCAUUUAUUUUUCCAUUCAACAUUUGUAGGAAAAAAAAAGAAGAAAAAACAAAAAGUGUAACAUUUGUAAUAAACACCGAGUUAAGAAACUGCUAGCGCUAUUAUCGAUUGACAUGUCUUUACAGAGUCAAUCCAUUGAAAGUAAAAAAAAAAAAAAAAGAGAAAAAAAAAGUGCCACUUCAGGAGAUUUCGUUUGAUAUGGUUAUUUUGUAAUGCACUGUUUUGUUGGUUUUAAAAGCACAAUCACUAAACUUUAUUUUUAAACCAUUGCAACUAUUAACCUUUUUUGUCUUUUAUGAAAACUGUUGAAAAAAAAUCAUUUAUUAUUAUUAUUAUUUUUUAUGUGUUUUUUUUUUUCCGUUUAAUGCUGAAAUUAUUGUUGGGCCAUUUUGAACGUUACGUGGAUGAAACAUAUUUUAGGUUUAUCUAUGUCUCAAACAACAAGCUGUGUCAUGUUUUCUAUCAUUAGUGGCUGAGGAAAAUGUAGUUAAAAACAAAUAAAAAUGAAAAGAAGGAA